CUCUCACAUGCCAUCCAUCCCACAAAUCGUGCUUCGUGCAUCAAGUCCGCUGUUUCGCAUUUAGUGUAAAAAUUGUGAUUAAACGAAUAAACUAGAACCUUGUGCUACUUAAAUUGAUAAAAUGUUCCUGAGACUUAUUCAAUCAUCGCUGCACGUUGUGCGAAGAGGUUAUAUAAAUCAUUCGGCUAUGGGAAUGGUUGGUGCUAGCCGGCAAUCUUCAACCGCAGUAGAUCCCGAUAGUCCCGUUGAACUGGAAGAGAAUCCCUUCGCCAAGCAGCGUGUCCAGUGCAUUUUGUGCAAAAAUAACAUCACACCGGACUAUAAGAAUGUGCAACUGCUGUCGCAGUUCCAAAGUCCCUACACCGGGCGGAUCUAUGGCAAGCACAUAACCGGUUUGUGUCGAAGGCGCCAGGAACAGGUGGAGACCGAAAUCAUCAAAGCGCAGAAUGCGGGUUUUAUGCCGACGUACCAUAAGGCGGUCGAGUUCCUAGAGGAUCCUAAGCUGUUCGAUCCGGAACGACCGGUUCGGCCGCAUAAGUAUUAGACUUACUUUAGAUGUUUUGAGAAUAAAGGAACGCUUAUAAUACAACA